AUAUAUAUAUAUCUAUUAUUAAUAAGUGCAUUAAUUGAAUUAAUUGAUGGUUUUAAUUUUUCACCAAAACCAAAUUUAAUAUUCAAUAAACCACAAUCAAAUAUUUUUAGUCAACCGACUGUAAGAAGUUCUUAUUUUGGAUACUCAAUUAAUUUAAGGGAAUCAAGUUUAUUUAUUGGUGCUCCGCGAGCCCAAUCUCAUCUAGAAUCUCAACGUAACGUAAAUGAAACCGGUUCAAUAUACAAAUGUUCAUUAGUAAAUGGACUAUGUAAUCCAUAUAUUUUUGAUAAAUAUGGAAAUCAGUUUUUUGAAAAUAAUGAUUAUACAUGGAAUAACGAAAAGAAGGAUAAUCAAUGGUUAGGUGGCUCAAUGGAUGGCGGCUCUAAAGAUUCAGAUCUUUUAGUUGUUUGUGCUCCACGUUUCAGAGCUGAUGCUAUACACGAAUAUUUAAUGCAUGGUAUAUGUUAUUGGACUCCGAAUACAUUUGAUGAACAGCCCACUGUGAUAAAUAAAAUUUCACCACUUCGAUUGAAAAGUGGUCAAGUUUUAGAUUUUAAUAACUAUAGAUCAUUUUAUUACAUUUUUGGCGAAUCUGGCCUUAGCGUUCAUUGGACGGGGGUUAACGAUGAAAUUAUUAUUGGUGCACCUGGCAUUCACACUUGGAAAGGUUCUGUGAUUCGGCAUCGUUUAAAGGAAGAAGACGAUUUUGGUAGUCCACAAAAACGUGAUAUAUUUGGACUGGAAAAUCGUCAUAGACGGCGUUUAACUUACGAUAGUGAAGUCCCAAAUCCGCAAACAUGGGGUCAACCUAAUGAUUCAUAUUUUGGAUAUUCUGUAACAUCUGCAGUUUUUGAGGGAAAUUCCUCAACAAGACUUCUUUAUGUAGCCGGGGCACCUCAAGCCAGAAGUCAAGCAGGAGAGGUUUACAUUUUUGAUAUUAUUGAAAUAAAAAUGGGACGUUCAUAUACGAUAGACAAGAAACAAACUUUUCAUGGUAAUCAAUUUGGAGAAUAUUUCGGUGCACACGUUUUAGCUGAAGACAUUACCGGUGAUGGUUGGACAGAUUUAAUUGUUUCUGCUCCUCUGUACGCUAUAGGAAUGAAUUAUGAAAUGGGUGCAGUUUAUAUUUAUAUUAAUCAAGGAAAUUUUAAUUUUGAAACGCAGUUCAUAGUUUCACCCAGCGAAGAGCCAGGCAGAUUUGGUGCUGCAGUCACAAAGCUUGGUGAUAUUAAUCAUGAUGGCUAUAACGAUUUAGCGAUAAGUGCACCUUUUUAUGGAAAUGGAAAAGUUUAUAUUUAUUUGGGAAGUUCAACGGGUCUACAUAUUAAACCAAGUCAAAUUCUUAACUCUCCGAUUCUUCCAAAUUUUAAAAGUCGUCAUAUGUUUGGAUUAGGUCUUUCGAGAGGUGUAGAUAUCGACAGAAAUGAGUUCAACGAUUUUGCUAUUGGGGCACCAAAUGCUGAACGAGUUUAUUUAUAUAAAACAUAUCCAGUAGUUAAGGUUAUUGCUACAAUAAGUUCUCCAAGCCGCGAAAUUCAAAGAGAUCAAAAUAAAUUACAGAUUGCUGUCUGCUUUAGAGUUGAAACUACUUCCACUCGCAGUCAAAUACAAGAUUUAAAAUUAAAAAUAAAGGUUGACAAGAAUGUAAAGAGAGUUAAUUUUGUUGAUGGUAGUACGGAAAUGGAUUUGAAAGUUACUGCAUCUCCUGAAAAUAUUUGUCAGUUAUAUGAUGCUACUGUAAAAUUUAAUUUAGGCGAUAUUUUCAAACCAAUUGAAUUGGAGUUAGAAUACGAGUUGGUUAAUGGUGUUCCCGAUAGUGAAGAAUUUUGCGAAAAAUGUGCAGCACUAGAUCCAAUGAUUCCAACAGUAAAUCUUCAAAAAAUUACAUUCAGUACUGGAUGCAAAAAUGAAGUUUGUCUCGCUGAUUUAAAACUUACCAGCACAGGAUUAAAUAAAACUUUUGUACUUGGGAGCUCUAAAACGAUUUCAAUCAAAUAUGAUAUAAUCAAUUAUGGUGAAACAGCAUAUUUGCCUCAGUUAAAUGUUACAUCUACAAUUGGAAUGCCAUUUGCAAAAAUCCCGUCUUCUUGUAAAAUUAUAGAACAAGUACUAUUAUGCGAUCUAUUUCAAGGCCAACCUAUGCUUAAUGGAGAUAAAGAUUCAAUCACAAUAGUUUUUGAUUCAAGUAAUAUUGAUGGGAAAUCAAUGAAAAUUAUUGCUGAAGUUUUCAGUACAGGCAAUGAAUCCAAUUCUGCUGAUAAUUUAAUUUCUGAAGUUGUAGAAUUAACAGAAUUUAGCAAUUUGGAAAUAACAGGGGAAUCAUCAAAGAACUUUGUUAGUUUAGAAGAAACAACUGGUUUAUAUCAAUUUUCGAAUACAUACGAGAUUAAAAAUCAUGGUCCAAGUAAUAUUAGGGAAGUUGAUAUCGUCAUUUCUAUUCCAAUAUCAUACGUAAUAUCAGAAUCUUCAAAUCGAAUCUCAAUUAUAAAUCCAAAUAAUUUUACAUUAUCUGCCAAAUAUAUUUCAAAUAAUUUACAAAUAACCUAUUAUCAGAAAGAUUCAAUCCUUAUACGUAAUCCAAUUGAAAUUAAUGACAAUAGUGUUACUGCAUCUACGAUAUUCACUCAACAAAAUCAACAACAAUAUGAACAACAUUUUAGCACUGUUGAAUAUUUAGAUACCCGAACUGAAAAAUAUGAAAAAAAAUUUACACAAACUCAUCGUAACGAAAAUUCAAAUGAGUUAUCACAUACGAUAUUAGGAAGAAGAAGACGCGCUUAUGAGAUGAAAGCAACUGAUGCAGAUUAUGCAGAAAUAUCACAUAAAAAAUAUUCAUUUAAUGAUCAAUUACUUGGAACAUUACCACAAAAUCGUUCAGUUGUAUUUAAUUGCACUGACAAUGAUGCUACAUUAUGUAUUAAAGCUAUUAUGAGAGUAAAUAAUUUAAGGGCAAGUUCUGAUGAAAGUGUUAAAAUCUCUUUAAAAUAUGUUGUCGAUUUAGAUGAAAUCAAUAAAAUUUUAAUUGAAGAUAAAGAAUUUUUUGUAAUUUCAAUGCUAUUUAAUAUAACUAAAAUCGGUGAUGAAAAUAGUGAGACUCUAUCUAUUCAAAAUAGUAUACCAUAUAAUAUAGUGUCAAAGCAUCAAUUAUUCACAAUACCAUUUUGGGUGUACAUUUUGUCAGUUUUAGCUGGAAUUUUAUUACUGGCAUUGAUGACUUAUGGAUUCUAUAAGUUGGGAUUCUUUAAACGAUCCAAAAAGGAAGAAAUGGCAACACUAACGAGAAAUAGUCAAAAUCAAGAAGAUGAUGAUGAUGAUUAGAAUUAAUUUAAAAAAUAUUAGAAUAAUUAAUUUAAAGAAUAAAAAAUCCUAAUUAGUUAAUUUUGUAUUCCAUCACAAAAAAGAAAAAUAUAACUAUUUUAAUUACCUUUUUUUUCGUUAAAAAAAAGGAUUCCAUUUUUUAUUAAUAUUAUAAAACUAAUAAAACUACUUGCACAU